CCCCACCGGCCUUGCCCCUCCAUCCCUGCACAGGAAGUGGGCUGGCCCUGGGGUUUAGUCUUGCCGGCCCCAGCGUCUCCUACCUGGGCCAGAGCCGAGCGGGGCCCUGGGGAGAUGGCCAUGGUCCCCACGUCUGGGAAGACUGGAGAAAGCAAGCCGCCGCAGCCCCAUGUCUCAGCCAGUGCCACCCCGUGGAUGUGAUGGCGGUCCCUGCUCUGUCCUGGCGUCUGCCCCUCCUUGUCCUCCUCCUGCCCCUGGCUACCUCUUGGGCAACUGCAGCGGUGAACGACGCUUCCCAGCUCAAGUGCUUCUACAACUCGAGAGCCAACAUUUCCUGUGUCUGGAGCCAGGAUGAAGGUCUGCAGGGUACAUCCUGCAACAUCAGUGCCCAGUCAAACAAACGAUUGUGGACCAAAAACUGCCAGCUGCUCCCUGUGAGACAGGCAACCUGGGCCUGCAACCUGAUCCUUGGAGACCCUAAUUCUCAGAAGCUCAACUCUGCAGAAGUCGUCCACAUGAAAGUGAAGUGCUGUGAGGGAAUGCAGUGCAGGGUGAUGGUGACCCAGGACUUCAAGCCCUUUGAGAACUUGCGCCUGAUGGCCCCCGUCGCCCUCCGAGCCGUCCAUGUGGGAACCCACCGGUGCAACAUUACCUGGGACAUCUUGCAGGUCUCCCACUACAUUGACCAUAACUUGGAGUUCCAGGCCCGGACACGGUCCCCGGGCCACAGCUGGGAGGAAGCCCAGCUGCUGGCCCUCAAGCAGAAGCAGCUGUGGAUCUGCCUGGAGGAGCUCACCCCAGACACAAACUACGAGCUGCAGGUGCGGGUUCAACCGCAGGUUGGCGACUUCAGGACUUGGAGCCCCUGGAGCCAGCCCCUGGCCUUCAGGACGAGGCCUGCAGCCCCCCGGAAGGGACCCCUGCCCCUGCCCUGGCAGAACAUCAUCAUGGGCCUCAGCGGGGCCCUGGUCUUCAUUAUCUUAGUCUACUUGCUGGUCAACUACUGGUCCAUCGGGCUCUGGCUGAAGAAGGUCCUCAAGUGUCACAUCCCAGACCCCUCGGAGUUCUUUUCCCAGCUGAGCUCAGAGCACGGAGGAGAUUUCCAGAAGUGGCUCUCCUCGCCCUUCCCCUCAUCGUCCUUCAGCCCUGCUGGGCUGGCGCCUGAGAUCUCACCGCUGGAAGUGCUGGAGAGGGACAAGGCGAUACAGCUGCUCCUGCUGCAGCAGGACAAGGUGGCCUCGGCCCCAGCCUCCACUGGUGGCCACUCUCAGACGAGCUGCUUCACCAACCAGGGCUACUUCUUCUUCCACCUCCCGAAUGCCUUGGAGAUCGAGGCCUGCCAGGUGUACUUCACCUACGACCCCUGCACAGAGAAUGAGCCGGAGGAGGGUGGGCCCGGGGUGCCCACGGGAUCUCCCCUCCUACCCCUGCAACCUCUGUCAGGGGAGGACGAUGCCUACUGCACCUUCCCCCCUGGGGAUGACUUUCUCCUCUUCUCCCCCAGUCUCCUCAGUGGCCCGCGCCCCCCAGACACUGCCCUUGGGGUCAGUGGGGCCGAAGAGAGGCUAGCCUCUGCCCGGCAGGAGGGAGUCCCUGGAGACCGGGCCCCCCAGCCUCUGGGGCCUCCCACCCCAGGGCACUUCCAGUCAUCUCUGGAGCCGGAGCUGGGAGAGGCUGGGGAGGAGGUCUCGGUGCCCAGCCCCAAGGAGGGGGCCAGUUUCCCCUGGGCCCGCCCUCCUGGGCAGGGCCAGGGCAGGGCCCUCAACUCUUGCCUGACCCUGAACACCGACGCCUACCUGUCCCUCCAAGAACUUCAGGAUCAAGACCCAAUUCACUUGGCGUAGACAGGCGGCGAGGGGUAGGAGGAGGCGGUUGCAAACUCGGUGUCCAGGUGGCCCCUGGACAUCUGCACGCAGGUGGCUCCCACCCAGCCCCACACACCCAGCCCCUCCACCUCCAAACCUCAACUGCUGCUCCCUGGUCCUGCCUCCCAGGACAGGAACUGCUGGGGUGGGGGUGAUGCCCCUUCUCCCUCCUCAAUCACGGAGUCUCGUGAGUUCCGUCUGAAGCAUCACUCAUCAACCAACCACAGCCACUCGCAGACAAAAGCCCUUGCUGCUCUCCAAGUGUCUGACUCACCUUGUCACUGGAUGUCCCGCCCCCAGCCGCGCCCCCUCCCAUACUCUCCGCAGGGCAGCCUGAGUGUGUUUUCCAAAACAAACACGGUCGCUCUCCUCCCUGUCAAAGCCCCGCCUGCUCCCACUGCCCUCAGCACACCACCUGUCGCCUGUCACUUGUCCCUCCAGUACCUUGUCGGGACAUCCCUUUUGGGAACCCUCACAACAACCCCCCCCCCACAGCCACUUGGAGCUCCCUUGUAUCCCACACCUUUGCAUGUGUGAUUCCCUGGGUCUGCUGCAUCCUCUACCUCCGUGGAGGUGACAACCUUACCAGGGCCAGUUCUGUGUUCCUUGGAGGGAAGCACUGCAUCCCUCACUGUGCCGGAACUUCUGGUGUUGGUGCUGGAAGAAGCAAGUCAGGGUCCUAGGGUGCCUGGAGAAAGAGGCUCUGCCACAUCUCUCUUGGGACCUCUUAGACCUCAGAACGCUUGGCUACUGCAUCCUCAACACUGUGGCACAAGUAUAGACACAAAUCCCCCCGCAAAGUGGAAAACUGCUGGAUCCUUCCCAGCAGUGGUCCUGAUGCGGCCAAGGGAAGCCCACUCCCAGGCCCCUCCCUCCACGACAGCCCAGAGGCUGGCACACUGGCCUCCAGGAGGGCGGCUCCGAGGAGCAGGGCCUCAUUGUCUUUCCCCUGCCCUUGACACAGUGCCCAGCAUCCCAUGAUAUUGCUUGAAUGAACGAAUGAACUGUCUGGAUUCCCUACCUGUGCUCCCUGUGCCUGACUGCCUUCCCACAGAGAGGCCGAGUCCUGUGCCCACUAGGGCUGGCAUGCCUGCUCCUGCAAGAGGCUCAUUCCCUCACCUCGCAGGUCUCUCCUUCCCAAACAUGGUCCCUUCCUUCUCAGUGCCCCCGCCACCCCUCCAUUUCUCUUUCCUCUGCACCAGGUAGCGAUCACCCUGCAAUGACUUUUGACAAUUUCAGCUAAUUCUGACGCGAAAAUGCUCAGUGCCUGCCCUUAUAGGCCCUGCUCGAAGCUGAUUGGGUGCCUGACCACAAGCCUGCCCACAGGCUGACCAGCAGCCUAUAAAUUGGCUUGACAUGAAGCUCUGUCCAAUCUGAGGCUGGGCCUGAACUAGCCAAUCAGAUCGCCUCUGUCUUGGGCAUUUGCAUUCAUGAGGGAGGGAAGGAUGGAGAGAUUGAUGGAGGGAGGGAAGCAGGUGAUGUGGACAAGGCAUCCAGGAAAAGGUAGACUGUAUCCCAUGAGCAGAGGUUGCCGGGCUCCUGAUACACUGCCUGGGGCUACUGACCAACAGGUCAGGAUUCCUGUUUCCUUUAUGUCCAAAACAGGCUCCCCUUUCUUGAGGUUGUCUUGAGUCUGGAAUUCCUACCUUGGAAAAAGCUGAAUGACCUACCCGCUAGUCUCACCUCCUGCCAUACAGUGUCGUAUGUUCUGGGCCACAAGGGCUCCUCGGUCCAAGGCUGCACACCAGAACUGAGCUCUAUGUGCUCACCUUUGCUCUGUUUCCUGGGGCAAGCUACCAAACCUCUCUGCAAGUCAGUUCCUGAUCCCCCAAAUGGAAAUGCUAUUUCUCGGCUCCAUUUUGAAGAGUUCUUGGGAGGGUUACACGUUGCAAGUCUCAGUCACUUGUGAUGUAUGUAUUAUAUAUCUUUUAAUGAUCUGUGUGUACUAUCUUUGUCAUUAUUUUCUAAUUUUUUUCUUUAAAUAAAUUCACUUUUUGUUUAAAUACAUUUAUUUUAAAAAAUGUUUAUGUUGCUCCGUAAAUGAAAAAAAAGAUUUGCACUAUAACGAUAACUGCACAAAGUAAACAAUAACUGCACAAAGUACAAUAAAACAAAAUAAUGCUGAAA